AAUGUCACCCAGGACCUCUAUACCAGGCGGUGUCAGAGGAAGGCCCUAAAAAUUGACAAAGACUUCAGCCACCCAAGUCAUACACUGUAGGUCUGGAACCAAUAGGAACCUGAACAGCUUCUACCUCCAAGCUAUAAGACUGCUAAAGAGUUAGUUAAAUAGUUGUCGACGACAUUUGAAAAUUUUACCAAAACAAUUUGCUGUUUCCAUCAGGCCUGUCAUGACAUUUUGUUAUGUACUUCACUUGCAUAAAAAGGUUGGAAGGUGGGACAUGUUUCAACUGAAGGCCAAAUCUAUAGAUAUUAUCCACUGACAUCUUGUGGACAUAACCUGACAAUGCAGUCAUGAACACCCUAUGGUUUCUUUCAGCCAAUCAGCAACGUUGUUUACAAUCACUGACAGAGUCAUAGUUAAUUCGUUCCAACAUGGAGAAAUUUCACGGCUAGCCUGCGAGCUAGCUAAGUAGAUGAACAACAUUGAGAAAGACCUUGGUAGAUUGUACUCUACAUAGGAAAUGAAGUGUUCCGUAAUAUAGAUAAGAUAUCGGAAAAAAUAUGUUUCGUUUAAGAGUAAAUAUUAUGGGAUCGUCGUCUUCACAAAAGCUGUGUAUCCUGUACCUGCUACACCUGGGACAGAGAAUCCCUCAAUGUUUUCAACUGCCAUGGGUGAGACCUUACCUCAGACUAGGAACUAUCUGUAGUGUCACCACUGGACCUGAUUCAGCCACUCCUUGUAGUAUCUCUACCAUUGACCGUAUUGGACCCGAUUCAGCCACUCCUCCUACUCUGAAUACAUCAACCACAGACAGUAGCCAGCAGACAGCAACUACAGUCAGUAGCCCUGAGUCUGGCUCUGGCCCCAGUACCUCUGACUCCCCUCCUGCCAAGGCCAAUGGCCCUCCACCCACUCCCACCCACUGCUGUAUGAGCGGCUGUCAUAACUGUGUAUGGAUCGAGCACACAGAACAGCUCCUAGCCUACUACCAUAAUGGAGGGUUGGGGAUAGAAAAGGCCCUGGCUGCUAUUGAGGAGAACGUCCCGGAUGAGAACCUAAAAGCCUUCCUAAAGAUGGAGAUCAGGAUGAUGAAGAAGUCGAGUUUUUAAGUAUGGCUUUGUGCGGCAGUGAGUGAGAGGGAAUGGGGAAAUUGAGGGCAUUUUUAUACUGUAUGCACUUUAAAAUCACUCACUCAGAUUUGAAUACUGUUGUGCAUUUUAUCGUAUGAGUUUGUCAAACUGUCAUUUUACUUGUUCAAGUACAUUUUAACUAGCUUUUGUCAUUAUAAAAUCUUCUUACUUACUAUAGAUUAGGUAUUUUACAUGAGUAGCAUAAAUCAUGUAUUAUCAUUUUAUGUACAGUUGAAGUCGGAAGUUUACAUACACCUUAGCCAAAUACAUUUAAACUCAGUUUUUCACAAUUUCUGACAUUUUAAUCCUAGUAAAAAUUC